AUGGUUUUCAACAGCCCACUGGUGGUUGGGGUGGCCAAGGUAUCGGCGAACGCUUGCCAAUACAUAGCGUGCAACCCUGAGCGGCUGAGCACCGACGAGGUCCUCCACCUCCUUUUCUGCUUCCCCUUUCAGCAGCUCAGCCGCUUCGCUUUCUGUCUCUGUUCUUUCUUCUGCUUCCCCAACCCGGGAAAUCCUUUUCUUACAUCAUCAUCAUCCUCCGACGAUUCUGAUUUUUAUGAAGAAGACCUACUACACUCCGAUUGA